AGACAAACAGCAUGGACUGACAGAAAGACAGCUUCAACGACACGGAAGCCAGAUGUUGACCGAAACACCUGCCUGAUGGGAUCCUGAGGUUUAGUCAAAGGGGAUUUUCCAUGCCAGUGUGACAGAAACGCAAGAGUCAUGCCGUCUCACCAGAGAGGACGGAGCCUCUCUGAGGCCUUCACUCUCGAACAAUCAGAAGAAGGUGGGCUGGUCAUUUCCAGCGUCAACAAGGCCUCAGCCAAUCAGGGUCUGAGGGAAGGGGAUGAAAUUUUGGGGGCAACAAUCAAUUUUGACCAACUGUCAAAAGAGGAAGUAAUAAAAGUACUGAAGGUAAUGGAACCGUUUGAUGACAAGGUCCGGGUCCUCACCAGGAGCAACCUGAGCAGGAGCCUUGACAAUCUGGACCAGUGUGCCAAGAGUCCCGAGACAAUGUUGAAGGAUUCCUACAGCAAACUCUACAAUGCCAAAAUCAAGAAGUUUAUGGACGGCAGUGAGAGCAGUGAGCCAACUGUAGCAGGCUCAUCCAAGGUUAACCUAAAACAAGAUAUGGGGUUGCCUCGCCUCGGAGUUGACUUUGGACUUCUCAAAAGCAAGACUCUGAGCACAGACAUUGAUGCUGAUUCAGAAUCUGCAACAUUUUCGGCUGGAGCAGCUGGAGAGUUAACAGAUGGCAGCAACCUGAACCUUCCACCUUUGGGUCUUGGCUUGAGUGGCACUGCUUUAAGCGGAGCUCAGGUACCAAGAAAUCGACUGAAAGUUGAUGCUAGAAGUCCACAGCUUAACACUCCAGACUUCCAUCUGUCUGGGACAGUAGCAGGAGGUCCAAAUGUAAACGCGAUAGGUGGUACACAACUGCCAAACACUGACAGUCCAUCAGUUGACUUGACAAUGCCAAAUCUUCAAAGACCUCAUAUUGGACUGGAAGACAAAGGAACUUUUAGAGCUCCAGAAAUAGGAGGCUCAGAUGUUAGAACCCCUGAAAUGGGGAUAAACCUUAAUGGGGGAAAUAUCACUGGUCCAUCCUUUGACACUGGCGUUCCUAAAGUGUGCAUUGAAGGAACAAACAAAGAAUUCAAAAUGCCAAAAUUCAAAAUGCCUGACCUGGGCCUCUCUGGACCUUCUCUUGGUGGUCCAGAAUGUGAGAUCAAGACACCAGAUGUACCUUCAGAUAAACUCAAUCUCAAGUAUUCAAAGAAACUAAAAAAGCCAGAUCUAAAUGUGGAUGAUCUUUCCUAUUAUGUAGAAUCACCCAAGCUUAGGCUGACUGGGAGAUCCCCUGACUUAGACCUGGAAAUGCCAGGUGUCAAUGUAUCACAGCUCGAUCUAAAUGGAUCAGACAUUGACAUGCCUUCAGGUGAAGUCAAAGUGCCACUAAGGAAACCAAAGAUUGAUCUUAAAUCUCCAGAUUUAGAUGUGGAUGCUCCAGCUGGUAAACUCAAUAUGCCCAAAUUUGGGUUCCCAGGCAAACUUGAAGCUGAUGUUAAAACACCUGACCUAAGUCUCAAAACACCAAAUAUAAAAGGUGGGAUUCAUGCACCUGAUAUAAGUCUGCCCAGAGCUGACCUAAAAGGACCAAACUUAGCCACGGAGACUCCAUCAGUUGACAUUAAAGGUCCAUCUGGAAAGUACAAGGCUCCUAAAUUUAAAAUGCCCAAAUUUGAUUUACCGGACAUUCAAGUUCCAGAUUUUGAGGGACCAGAUGUGCAGUUGGCUGGACCUGGUCUCAAAGCUGGAAUUGCAGACCCAAAUGUUGACUUAAAUGUACCCUCGGCUGGCUUGGACAUUGCAAGCCCAUCUGGUAAAUUCAAAAUGCCAGGCUUUGGGUUAUCUGGGCCUAAAGUUAAAGCCCCUCAAUAUGAGUUAAAAACUCCAGACAUGAAUGUGUCUACUCCCAAGUUUGAAGGGGGAAUCAAUCUGCCUGAGAUGGAUCUUAAUAAACCCAAACUAGAUCUUUCUGGCCCAGAUGUCAACUUAGAUAUGCCCUCAGGUAAAUUACAACUCCCAGCAAUGAAGAAACCAAAUUUUGACUUGAGUGCUCCUGACAUGCAUAUUGAUGCUCCCUCAAGCAAACUUCAGAUGCCUAAAUUUAAUCUUUCAGGCACGUUGCCAAAGGGACCAAAUAUGGACAUAAACACAGAUCUGGAUGCACCAGAUUUGAAUUUGAAAGCUCCAACGAUAAAGGGUGGAAUUGAUGCUCCUGACUUGGACUUACCAAACAUGGACCUCAAAGCCCCAAAGUUAGAUAUUAAUAAUCCUGAAAUCAACAUUGGCUCACCCAAGGCAAAGAUGAAGAUGCCCAAAUUGACGAUGCCUAAAUUUAACCUUCCAAGCCUGAAAGGACCUGAAAUUGAUGGAAACUUAGAUGGUCCAGACAUGGAUAUUAAUGCACCUGAUUUCAACCUCAAGGGCCCUAAAGCUGACUUAGAUGUUGACAUUGCUGGUCCAUCUGGAAAAUUCAAAAAGCCAAACUUGCACCUGCCAGAUUUUGGGUUCUCUGGUCCAAAGGUAGAUGGUCCUAAGUUGGACUUGAAAUCACCUGACCUAGAUAUCUCUGGUCCCAGUCUCAGUGGUGGAAUAAAUGCACCAGACCUAAAUAUGCCUAAAGUGGACCUCAAAAGCCCAAAGCUAGAUCUCAAUCCCCCGAAGGUCAAUGUAGCCAUGCCAUCUGGUAAAUUGAAAAUGCCAAAAUUUACUCUUUCAGGCACAUUGCCAAAGGGACCAAAUACGGACAUAAACACAGAUCUGGAUGCACCAGAUUUGAAUUUGAAAGCUCCAACGAUAAAGGGUGGAAUUGAUGCUCCUGACUUGGACUUACCAAACAUGGACCUCAAAGCCCCAAAGUUAGAUAUUAAUAAUCCUGAAAUCAACAUUGGCUCACCCAAGGCAAAGAUGAAGAUGCCCAAAUUGACGAUGCCUAAAUUUAACCUUCCAAGCCUGAAAGGACCUGAAAUUGAUGGAAACUUAGAUGGUCCAGACAUGGAUAUUAAUGCACCUGAUUUCAACCUCAAGGGCCCUAAAGCUGACUUAGAUGUUGACAUUGCUGGUCCAUCUGGAAAAUUCAAAAAGCCAAACUUGCACCUGCCAGAUUUUGGGUUCUCUGGUCCAAAGGUAGAUGGUCCUAAGUUGGACUUGAAAUCACCUGACCUAGAUAUCUCUGGUCCCAGUCUCAGUGGUGGAAUAAAUGCACCAGACCUAAAUAUGCCUAAAGUGGACCUCAAAAGCCCAAAGCUAGAUCUCAAUCCCCCGAAGGUCAAUGUAGCCAUGCCAUCUGGUAAAUUGAAAAUGCCAAAAUUUACUCUUUCAGGCACAUUGCCAAAGGGACCAAAUACGGACAUAAACACAGAUCUGGAUGCACCAGAUUUGAAUUUGAAAGCUCCAACGAUAAAGGGUGGAAUUGAUGCUCCUGACUUGGACUUACCAAACAUGGACCUCAAAGCCCCAAAGUUAGAUAUUAAUAAUCCUGAAAUCAACAUUGGCUCACCCAAGGCAAAGAUGAAGAUGCCCAAAUUGACGAUGCCUAAAUUUAACCUUCCAAGCCUGAAAGGACCUGAAAUUGAUGGAAACUUAGAUGGUCCAGACAUGGAUAUUAAUGCACCUGAUUUCAACCUCAAGGGCCCUAAAGCUGACUUAGAUGUUGACAUUGCUGGUCCAUCUGGAAAAUUCAAAAAGCCAAACUUGCACCUGCCAGAUUUUGGGUUCUCUGGUCCAAAGGUAGAUGGUCCUAAGUUGGACUUGAAAUCACCUGACCUAGAUAUCUCUGGUCCCAGUCUCAGUGGUGGAAUAAAUGCACCAGACCUAAAUAUGCCUAAAGUGGACCUCAAAAGCCCAAAGCUAGAUCUCAAUCCCCCGAAGGUCAAUGUAGCCAUGCCAUCUGGGUGGAAUUGA